ACCAUAGUUGGCAGCCCUGACUCACCGUCGAUUUGUUUCACAAUGGCGGUAUACACAGUGUUUUCAGAAUAUAUUCGUUAUGAAUACAAGAGCACAGUUUGUUCGAAAGCUACAUUGUUUAUCAGUGUAAUCUUUAUUUUGACAGUCAUACCGCCCAUGCUUAUUGCUUACAGAAGCUAUGGAUUCUGGAUAAAAAGUGAUGUGUAUCGAGAACAACCAGAUGUUCAUUUCAAACACGAAUACUUAUUGAUUAUUGAAACUGACACGCUGGAGGCCCCUGUCAUAUGUAGUACUUAUCAGUAUUUCAGUCAGAUUAUAAAGGAACAUAAUCACUGCACCAUGAUUAAGUCAAGAGAGGAGGAUAACAACAGGGAUGGAAAAUAUGAUGAACUCUACUUUGAGAUUCAAGUUCAACUUUUGCAGAAUCAAGCUGCACAUGCAGUUACACUUUUUCUCCUCUUUGAUUACAAACUUUAUAAAAUGAGUUCAUUUCAAAUGGAAUCAUUAGGUAUGAUCCAGUACAGCUCCAGCCUUCCUGGUGCACGUUUUGAUGUAGUUGCAGACCUAAGGCUCACACAGAAGCAGCUCCUUCAUAAUCGCGGAAGAGAUGUGCGCUUCAAUAAGGCAGUACUGAAUAUGGAAGAUAUUUUCCCUGAAUCAUUCAGUCUGCCCACAUUGCUGAAGAAUUAUGCAAAGAGAAAUGUUUCCACAAUUCUGAAGAAUGCAUAUCCAUUGUGGACAGUAGGGCGGCCAGCUGAUGAACCUUUCAUCAUAUCUGCUGUAAUUCACUAUCCUGAAGAAACAAUUCUAUACAAACCAGGGUUCUGGCAAAUAAUGAAGUGGGCUUGGAUACAGUAUAUAUCAAUACUGGUAAUUUUUGUGUGUGUGUUCCGAACAGUGAAAUCAUACGUGUUUCAGAAUCAACUUAUAACAAGUAUAAAAUGUACACCAUGGAAGAAAGACUACUAACUUUCAGAUGAGACUUUGAUUUAACAUUUGGAAUAAAAUUUUUCACAGAACA